AUGCAAGGCGAUAAUGAGAACAUUGAUGCUAAUCUAAUCAACAAGCUGGAAAUAAUGAUGUUGCAGAGAGCACAAAGAGAAGCCUUUGCGGAAGAAUAUGCUUUACUUAAGAAUGGUAAGCCAGAGCAGAAAAGCAGUAGACUAAGUAAUCUAGCGCCUGAGUUUGAUAGUGAAGUAGAAUUGAUAAGAGUUGGUGGACGGCUAAGAAGAGCGAGCAACAUAGAAAUUGAUGCACAUUCGAUUGUUUUAGACCAAAAACAUCCUGUUACGCAAUUAUUGAUCAAGAGAGUCAAUAGUAAUGCUUCCAAUCAUAGUGCCGGUUAUGGACAAGUGUUCAGUUGCAUAAGAAGACGAUACUGGAUUUUAAAGGGUCUGAGUGCCGUCAAGUCAGUAUUGCGAAAUUGCCCAGACUGUCAAAGAUGGAGAGGAAAAGCUAAAGUUCCAAGAAUGGCUGACAUUCCUGAAGCUAGAUUGCGCAUCGGGUUACCUGCCUUUUACAGCACUGGUAUGGAUUGCUUUGGGCCGUAUCAAGUGAAACUGGGAAGAAGAACUGAGAAGAGAUGGGGUCUAGUAUUUAAAUGCAUGACAACGAGAGCUAUCCACAUCGAAUUAUUAUCAUCUAUGACUAGUCAUUGCUUCAUCAUGGCUUUUUGA